AUGUACAUGUGUCGGGUGAAAAUCCACAAGGGCAUGAAUGCUGGAAUACUUAUGAAACUCAUACACCUGGAGAAACUGCCCCCUGACACCCAGCCCUCUGAAAACCUGUAUAACCCAGCCUCCAUUUACACCACCUGGCUCAAUGGCCUGCCCCAGCAUAUCAAGAACAUGGUCCUCAGUGAGGUCCCUAAGUGCAACAUAGAGAAGCAGUUUUUAAAGGUUAAGGAGGGCACAAGCUUUGCAUUCCUGGCCUUUAUUGAAGCUAUGUCAUUUCUUCCUGGGUCUGUCUUCUGGUCUGUCCUCUUCUUCCUGCUGGUGCUGUCCCUGGGGCUGACCACCGUGGUAGGGAUCAUGCAGGGCAUCAUUACCUUACUUCAGUACACUUUCUUUUCCCUCAGUAAACAUGCAAAGCUGCUCACAGUGGGCCUCUCUAUGUUCAUGUUCCUGUGUGGCCUCUUCUUCACUCGACUUUCAAGCGUCAACUUCAUCAGACUGCUGAGUGAAUGCUGGACAAUCUUUCCCCUAAUCAUCAUCAUCAUAUUUGAAAACAUGGCUGUAGCCUAUGUCUACGGGGCCAGGAGGUUCCUUUCAGAACUGGCGAUCCUGUUGGGACACCCCAUCUCCCUCCUGUAUCGUUGGCUGUGGUGCUGUCUUUGUCCAUUUGUGCUGCUAAUCAUGUUUGUGACCAUUCUGGUUUACGUUUGUAUGAAGACCUUCACCUCUGUGGCGUGGGAGUCAAGCAGUGUGAGCCUCCCUCGGCGCACCUAUCCAGUGCGCCACCGGGCCGGCCCGUGGACACUACUCUUGAUGAUUGCCCUUUUCAUUAUUGUCAUCCUCCCUGUCCCUACCUACUUUGUAUACUGCCUCACCCAUGGGAUUCCCUUAAGGCCCAAGAAUGGGGAUGGACCUAUCCAAAUCCCUAAGUGACCAGUAAUGCCCAGUAAAGGAGUCCAAAAGGAGAAAAUUCUACAAGAUGAUAAAACAAAGUGUUUGUCAACCUGUCACGUGACUUCCUAA